UCCCCUCGCGCUGUGUUGCAUCUCAGCAGCACGGAGACCCCUCGCGCUGUUUUUUGCUGAAGUAUCCGGAGCGUCGCUACAUUCGCUACAGUGAAGCAGGUGUCGGGGAAACAACACAGCGAUCAUGGCUCACGGAUUUACCUCGCGGGCUCUGGCGUGGAGCUGUCUCGCGGCGCUCAUGUUGACAGGUGCAGCUCAGUAUGAUGCAGUGGAGAGUCAGAACUUGGAGACGGAUGACGUGUCGGUGGUGGAGGGAGAGACGGCGACCAUCAGCUGCAGAGUGAAGAACAACGACGACUCAGUUAUCCAGCUCCUGAACCCCAACAGGCAGACCAUAUACUUCAGAGACGUCAGACCCCUGAAGGAUGCCCGGUUCCAGCUGGUGAAUUUCUCUGAGAACGAGCUGCGUGUGUCUCUGACCAACGUGACUCUGUCUGAUGAGGGGCGCUACGUCUGCCAACUCUACACCGACCCACCACAGGAGGCUUACGCUGACCUCACCGUACUAGUGCCCCCAGGUAACCCAGUCAUCGAGGGCGGUCCUGAUGCGGUAACCGAGGGCAACGAGGUGGAGAUGAGCUGCACCGCAUCCAGCAGCAAACCAGCAGCCAAGAUACACUGGAGGAAGGGGACCCAGGAGAUAGCAGGUAUAUCUCAUGUGGACAGCACGUAUGAUGGCAUGUACACGGUCAGCAGUCGCGUCCGAUUGACGGUGACGAGAGAGGACGAUGGCGUUCCCAUACGCUGCAUAGUGGAACACCCAGCGGUCAAGGACUACACCGCACAGAAGAUACUAGAAGUCAUGUAUAAACCAGAGGUGUCGAUAUCAGUAGAGUACCCUAAAGGUCUGACGCGAGAAGGAGAAAACCUGGAGCUCACCUGCCAAACCAAAGGAAAACCACAGCCACAGGAAGUGAGCUGGAUCAGGGUUGACGAUGACGUUCCGCCCCAUGCGGUGAUCACAGGUUCCGAUCUCUUCAUUGAGAACCUCAAUAAGACAUUCAACGGAACCUACAGGUGCUUAGCAACCAACAGCAUCGGAGAGGCAUACGACGACUACAUUCUAUUCGUCUACGAUGCCCCGACUACACCCCCUCCCCCCAGCACUGCCCCUCCCACCACCAUCUCCACCACCCCCCUCCCCGAAACCACCCAAGAGUCUGAGCCCAGCUCUCAACCUGCACUGCACGACUCCAGAGCAGGUGAGGGUGUAGCGCGGUCGGUGGACCAUGCUGUGAUUGGUGGAGUGGUUGCCGUGGUAAUGUUCGCCAUCCUGUGCGCUCUCAUCGUACUCGGCAGAUACUUCGCACGACACAAAGGUACAUAUUUUACCCAUGAGGCCAAGGGUGCAGACGACGCGGCGGAUGCAGACACAGCGAUCAUCAAUGCAGAGGGCGGAGUCACACACUCGGACGAGAAGAAAGAAUACUACAUUUGAACCACACACACACACACACACACACACACAGUCACGAGAAGUAGUAGUACUACAUCUGAACACGCCCACCACUUAAUGUCAUUUCUUAUGUUGUCACAGUAGUGUGUGUGUGUUGGGUGAGGUGUUUACAUUGUUAUUGUGUGUGUGUAUGUGUGUGUGUGUGUGUGUAUGUGUGUGUGUGUGUGUGUGUGCACGGGGGUGCUGGUUGUUG